GGUUAGGAGAGAGGGAGGGAGAGAGAGAGAGAGAGGGAGGGAGAGAGAGAGGGAGAGAGAAAGCGGCUCACCGCCAGGGAGCCCGCCGAGGACUUAAGUGGAGAAGGAAGCAGAGAGCGCUCGAGCGCGGAGGGGCAGCGAGCCGCGGGGAGCAUGAGCGAGGCCCGGGGCCGCCGGCGCGGUUGCUGCGAGGAACCGCGGCGGCGGCGGCGAAGGCAGCAGCAGCAGCAGCGCUCAGAAGCAGCCCGAGCCCCAGUCCGCGGGCAGCAGCGUCCCGCUCCCGGGGCUCUCUAGGCGCCCGGGGGCCGCCUGCCCCUGUCCCUGUCCUUCCGGGCCGGCCGGCCCUCAUGCGGGCCCCCUGAGCCCCGGGGGCUGCUGGCCGCCUCUGGUGACGGGGGCCGGGGAGCGACCUCCCUAGCCGGGUCCCCGCAGCCAGCCGGCGGCCGAGGAGCAGAAGAAGCAGCAACACCCGCAGCCGCAGCCUCAGCCGCAGCCCCGGGCGCCUGGCCCCAUCAGGACUAGGCUCGGAGGGCAGCGUCUCGGUCCGGGGCUUCCCUCCAGCCCCGGGGCGCACGCAUUGGGGAGUCCCCGGAACUCCGAGCUGCGGGCGCCCACCGCGAGCCCGCGGAGCCCGCACAACUGUUGCAGGCGGCAGCGGCAGCGGCAGCGGCGGCGGCCGAUGCGCCCGCCGAGAAGUCGGCUGCCGGCGGCGGCCGCUGGGGCUGCCUGGCCACGGAGGAGCCCGGGAGCUGCGCCCAGGUAAUCCCCUGACGGAUCAAUGACAGCCAAACGAUGACAAGUUGGGGCCAGCAGUCCUUGAAUGUGCUCACCGUCCUUCUCUCGUUGCUGUUCUCCGCAGCGCUCUCGGCACACUUUCGAGUCUGCGAGCCCUACAUCGACCACAAAGGCCACUAUCACUUUGGCUUCCACUGCCCCCGGCUCUCGGACAACAAGACCUACAUCUUGUGCUGUCACCAUAACAACACGGUCUUUAAAUACUGCUGCAAUGAGACGGAGUUCCAGGCGGUGAUGCAGCUCAAUCUCACCAGGCAAUCGGAAGGCUACAUGCAUAACAACUACACCGCGCUGCUGGGCGUCUGGAUCUACGGUUUCUUCGUGGUGGUCUUGCUGGUGUUGGACCUUUUGUAUUACUCCGCCAUGAAUUACAAUAUCUGUCGGGUCUACCUGGCGCGCUGGGGGAUCCAGGGGGCGUGGAUGAAGCAGGGCCCCAGCCGGGGGAGGAAGGCCCGGCCGGCCUCCCCGGGCGCCACGCCCGCCGCGCCUGCUGCCGCCCAGGCCACGCACACCCUCCGAGGAGACGCGCUCAGCCCGCCGCCGCUCAUGUCUUUUCCCAGUUCUUCUGCCUGAAAACUUCCUGCCGUGCCUCAGGAUGGGAGAGGGGAAGAUUACAAAAACACAGGCAGCUUCCAGAAGGAAAGACAUCCAGGGGGACAGAAGGACCAGCCAAGAGGGUGCUGGCCAGUGGCUUGGUGCCUGCCCCGUGUCACCUUUCCGCCGACUUAGGAAAUUCCACUCUACAGAGAAGAAGGGUUCCCGGGACAGCAGUCCAUAAGCAAUAUUCCCGUUGUAGACUGGGGUCCCUAGAAAGCUGAUGUCCUAUUUACCAAGAGAGUGUGGGCAGGAGCCGGUCUUGAGCUGCUCUGGCCAAACCGAAGGGAAGAAGGAUUACGAGUGGCUAACGUCACCUUUCUCUGCCUUCCCAUCUCCAGUAGUCGCCAAAUCAAGCUUAAUCUCAAUGUCAGAAAUAUUGAAUGUGAGUUGUUUGUUUUCCUUUUCAAAGCCCCAAUUCCCCAGGGAAUGGCUCCCUGAAUGUGAGCAGGGGUAGCCAGCCGGGGACCAAUCAGGGUGUCUGGCCAUCUCCCCAUGGAGGAGGAAGGGAGGGGGCCGCAAGUCCCAGAAUGAUUCCUAAUUCUUUGGCUCCCUGGAUUGCCCACAACAUAGAAUGUUUACACCAGAGGGUACCUUAUAGAUAAUCUGUUCUGACUCCUGUGUUGUAUAGAAGGGGAAACUGAGGCUGGGAGGGGGAACAAGAUUUCAGGGUCACAGAAACAAGUCAGAAAUCCAUGAUCCUAUCUCACAUUUCUACAAAACUUGUGUUUGUAAAGAGCUUUCAAUAGUGGGGUCACGUGAGGUAGGUCAAGCACAUGGAUCGUUAUUCCCCAUUUUACAGAGGAAGAAACUGAGGCUCAGGGAGCUUAAGUCAUUUAUCCCUGGUCACACAACUAGUAAGGGUUGGAAUCAGGAGCCAAACUAAGAUCUCCAGACUCUUUCCAACAGAUCAUGGUGCCUCUGAAUGUUUUUUGUUUUUUAAUUGAAUUGAGUUAACUCUCCCAAUUAUGGGAUGCUCGAUUCUGGCCUUCAAUUUCCGGCAAGAACCCUGCUUGGAAAAGGAGUGUGUGUAAAUGUCUCUGACAAAAAUAGACGCAAUUCAAGUCCGUUCCACAGAUGCCGAGGUGUAUGCUAGAACAAUAACAGCACCGGUUCCCGGCCAUUCUCACAGUGAAUCCCCUCCAAGCCCCCACGAGGAAGCUGGGACUGCCUUACUAUUCCCAUUUGCAGAUGAGGACACCAAAGCUCAUACACAGGAAACUGUUGCUCCCCCAGCCUUCCAGGUCCUCCGUCAUGGUCUUUGGAGAUCGGUGAGGAACCCGGAAGAAAACAUUAUCCGUCUAAGUAUUUGAUCAAGUCCCUGCCCAGAUUCCUCCGAUGGGCUCUCCUCUACCCCCAGGACACUGGCAGGUGUCCCCCCAUGACACGCCGAGGGGUUCCCUUUGAGUCUGUAGCCCUUUGCACACGGCCCGCUUCCAUCUCUGGGCAGAGCUGACCUCCUUACACCCGACUCCCAUCUAGGGCUGAUGGCGCCAGACCUGUCUCUUAGCAGCAACUCAAAAUCCCCUUUAUUCUCCCUUCUUGCCUUGGCUCUCUGCCUUCCAACCCAGAGAAACGGUUGUCCUUCCUUACCCCGGAGCUGCAUUUCCUACCCAGAGAAGCCUCGUCUGGCCCCCAGGCCAGGACCGUAGUCAGCUUCCGCCCAAACGCAGUCAUCGGGGCCUCAGUGGGCAUGCGCGAGCUCCCCUUGGAGAAGCGGCCCCAUCCCUCCUGACUCCGCCACUGAGGGUCCCUUUCUUUGCCUGCUCUAUCGAGGUAGGGAGGCCCCCCACCCGCCCGUCGCCGUCUUUCCUCGAUUUGCCUUCUCUCUCAUUCACCAUCUUGAGGCUCCAGGCCUGCAUUGCUUCCCACCAUUCCCUUUGGAUCACCCUAGAAACCAACCAAACUAGUCGCGGAGCUUCCCCGAGCCCGUCCUUGGCCAGGGAGAGACGGGAGCCACGAGGGCCUGUCGUCAUCCCCCUGGGGAGUGAUUCCACCCGUGGGGCCUCAGUUUCCCAUCUGCAGGGUUAGGUCGGUUCCCUUCCAGUUAUCCUGCUCCCGGCUCCUCUUGAGUUCCCUCCCCAGGAGGAGGCACCAGACUUGGCUGUUCCAAAGUUGCCCCCAGAGAUUGUUCAGUAAGUCCUGGGACUCCCGCGAGGUCAGGAAUGGGACUUUCUGGAGCCUGGGAGGCUCUGGUUGCUGGUGAGUGACUAGGCAGACGCCCACGUGAUCAGGCUCCUUCCCGAGAAUUUGAAUUCACGCCCCUCCUCCGCAAGUUGGGGAGAAUAAACCCCCGGGGCAGGGAGGGUCCUAGAAGAUGAGCUCACAGUGUAGGGCCGGGAAGGACUUGGUGGUCCUCUCCUCUCACCAAGGCUCUCUCCUUAGUGGAGGCGAGUGACGGGCCGUGUGCCCGGCCUUCCGGUGCUCCGAGCACUGCCACUCCUUCCUCAGAGGAAGCGGUCAUGGAAACCCCCAAAGCAGGCUCACUACUGUGGCCGAGCCUCCUAGCCCUGGAUGUCAGAGCUGGGAGAGACCGCGAAGUUCCCGUCUGGCAUUUCCGUGGCCCUUACAGAACGCAGCGAACGUGUUAGGAGGUUUCCCCUGACAAACACCAUCAUCCCCAUUUUACAGAAGAGCAAACUGACGGCCAGACUCGCCCAGAAGUUACAGAGUGGCCGAGGGAGGCGAGGUCUUCCCAUUCCAAGUCCUGGGCUCAGCCGACAAUGGCCCCAGAGGCAUCUCCGGCUCUGUGGCGAUUCAGAGAGCAUCCUGGGAGCUCGGGGAGCUCAGGUUCCUCUGAGCAGGUGUGAGGAGCCCAGGCCCCGACCCAGGGCCGCUGGCCUCCAGGCCCUCCCAGGGAACGCUUCCUGCCCAUCAGCCAGUCCUCUGUCAAAAGGAAAAGGAGCCCCCGCCCCACCCCAGCCCGUUCCUCGAUGCCGCUCCCGUGACUUCCUGUGUUUUGUACGACUCUUUUUCCCUCUGGGAAUUGUGUGUUACUAGCGAGCAGUUCUAUGCUUUCUCCCCAGCCCCCCACCCCCACUGCCAACAUAGGCGCGUGCUCUUUGUGCUGAGAGGUGCCUCCGGCUUAACUGGAGUCUCGCACUCUGCCCCAGCCUCCCGAACAGCCCCGGCCUGGCCCCACGGUAGAGAGAGAUCCUGGGCAGCAACCGUAGCCCACCACCCCAGGAUGCUCUGGAGCAGCCACGGCUCCUGUCCUCAGGACGGCCGCCCUGCAAGUCUCUGCUGGACCGAUGAAUUCAGACCACUUAGAAAACCAAAUGCAGACCCUGGGCUGAGGCGCUGCCUGUCGGGGUUCCCCUGUCACCCCCAGGGAGCCCCCAGGUCCCAUCAGCAAGCCGUGUUUGGGCCACAAAAAGCCCCUGAGAGGCAUUAUCUUGCUGCAUCCUUGCAGAGACCCUGUGAGAUGGAGGGGGGGGGGUCCUUCUACCCAUUUCACAGGUGAGGAAGCAGAGGGAAGGGAAUUGGUAAGUGAUGGAGGCAGGACUUGAAUCCAGGUCUGGGAACUUCCAGGCCAAAGCUCGCCCUGCUACUUAAUAGCUUUGGGGGAUUGCUCAGGUUCUGCUGUUUGCCCCACCAAGAUCAUGUCCAUCUCCUCAGCUCUGAGAGAAGAGGACGGGAACCCCAAAUUUAUUCCAUGAGGCUUUUGUGGAUUUCUCCUUCCCCCACUCAUUUCCACCCUCUGCGCGGUGCUACUUUCAGCCUGUUUCUCACAUGUUCAUUAACGGGUACUCCAGAACAGCACAGUUUUCCGAUUGCUUCUGAAUGACUCCUUCCUGCUGCCCUUUGGUUAUGGAUCCCAGACCUCAGAUCAUUAGGAGCCAGCUGCAGACUCGGGGCUGAGGACGUCUCUCUCGUCUCUCUCAUCCCCCCAAACAGCCCCCAGAACAGUAAACACUUCCCAUCAGACGUUUGGUCUAGAGCACACCAAACGCUUGAAUCACAGAACGAAAAAAGCGAAGCCUCAGAAGGGACCCCAGAGAUCCCUUAGCCGAGGCUCCCCCUGAAUCGAGGUCCUUCUUGAAUACCCCUUUCAGAUAGUACCUGGCUGCUCCGGGGAUACAGCCAGUGACAGGGAGCUCACCACCUGUUCAGGUUGCCAGUUCCACUGCUGGAAAGCUCUAAGUGUUCUUUCUUCCCUCAAGCUAAAACCUGCCUCCUAGAACUUCCUGCUGAUCCUCCUAGUUCUCCCCUCUGGGGCUAAGCACAAGUUGAAUCCCUCUUUCCCAUCAUAGUCCUUUAGAUAUUUAAGGAAUCAAAGUCUUCUCUUCUCUAGGCUAAUAUCUCUCCGCUUUCUAAUGGAUCCCCCAAUGGCAUGGACUCAAGCCCCUUCACCAUUUUGGUUGCCCUCUUGUGGGCCCUCUUGAACAUCCCCGUGUUCUGGUAUACUGAACUGAAUCCAGUAUCCAAACGUGGCCUGGCCAAGAAAAGGACAGCAGGACUUAGACCUCCCUGGCCCUCGACACUGUGUCUCUUAAUAUAGCCUAAGACUUAACUCGUUUUCUUGUCUUCUAUGCCACUCUGUUGUUGAUUCCUAGUGAGUAUGUGUACACUAAGAACACCUGAUCCUUUUCACUCAAACCAGUGUCUGACCAUGGUUCUAUCUGAAUGGGCUGCCCACUCAUGGAGCCAGGGUCUCCAUUACAGAGAUUAAGCAGCUGCCCUCCCUUGUAACAUACACCUCCGCAGUCUUAUAAUCACAUUUUCCAUUCUGGACUUGAUUAGAUCAGAGGGCCCCAAGAGGAAAGAUUAGGGAGCAGUGUGGCUAGAAAAGACGAGUUUAUUGCUUGUGAACUAUCGGUCCCUUGAGGUAUCUUCAGCACAGAACAGCAGUCACAGAGCAUCCAUGCCUGCCCAUGAGAGCCUUGGGGGCAAGACAUUCCUGACACAAAGGAACACAUUAUCUUGAGAGAAAUUGAGUCACAAACUCAGGGCUCCAAAAAAGGGGGCUCCUCCUGAGCCCCUCGGGCCAUUUUACAUGUGUACCAGGGAAGGGUUGGCACAGGUUAAAAUGAACUAAUGAAGCAGAUGCUUCCCAACAACCCAGCAUUCAAGAACGUCAGCACUGGGAGAGAUCUAACACAAUGAACCACUCACUGCCUGAAGCAUCCAAUAAACCCAGCUAAUGAGAGAGUCACGAGGCUAGGGACAUGGUCUGACCUGUGGUGGGUGGGUGCCAACAAGCUAUUUUUCCAUUCUCCAGAAAACCCAACAAUACUGCUUACAGUAUCAUGGCCAGAAGCACAGCUCUGGUAAAUCCUAGGACGGAGACAAACAACUGGAGGCAGUCACAAACAAAUGGUGCAUGGAGGCCAUUGUCUUCCAUCUGGCUCAUUCCAUCACCCAGUCACCUUCACUACAACCUCCAAAGUGUAGUACAAUGGAAAGAGCCCAAACUUAGGAGUCAAGAGAUCUGGGUUCCAGUUCUGGGACUUCCCCUAACUCCGGGUGGUAUUUCCCAUCCCUGGGUCCCCAUUGCCUCCUCUGUAAAGGGGGGGGGGUUACUGAGGUUCUGUCCAUUUUCAAAUAGAGGGUCCAGUGAUCUAUGCCACGUCCCCUCUCUGGGUCUCAGUUUCCUCAUCUAUGACAUGAGGGAGGGGGUUGAGAACAAACAUCAUGGAAUGCAAGGUCUUGCUCCAACCCUCUAAAUCUGGCUCUUGAUUUCCUGGGGUGGGUAGGAUAUUUGUACCCAGUGUUGGGAAGUAGAGGACUUGGUGAAGAAGGCAGCCUCAUUCUUUGAGGAACGAGCCUGGCAUUUGUCUCUACCCUGGGAUUCCUCUGCCUGGUCACAAAUGGACUAUGAAAGGCUCCACAAUUCCUAACCAAUCCAGGACCAGAGUAGCUGAUGGAAGAUCCCAAACCAGCGGACACAAGCUACAACCAGGACUUUGAACCCCAAAGAUGUCAAGAUAGGAUCCCUUGUCGGAAUCAUAGCAUACUGGUCUAUGAAGUUUGGUGUGACCCUCUGCUCUGUACCAUGUUGAUUGCUGAUUGUUGAUUGCUCAGCCAAGAUUCACGCACCAUGUCAACAACCUGCACCCUCCCCACAGAAUGUAAGCUCCUUGAGGGCAGGCACUGCCAUUUUGGUCUCUAUCUGCCCCAUUGCUCCCCUAGUGCCUGAAACGUGGUAGGCAUUUAAUUCAUGUUUGUCCAAUCAAGUUGAAUUAAACAUCAACGCUGGGGUCACAUCUAUCAGAAGUGAACCUCUGGCAUCACAAGUCAUUUCUUCGAGGACUUGUAAUAUUAUGUCAAUCCCUGAAUGGUCCAAUACCCAACCAAAGGUUGACAGUAGCUCCUCCCCCCAAUCGGGACUCCCCUUCACUAAGAAUAAAAAGGUAGCAUCUUACUAUAGCCAGCAGCCGCUGUGAACAAAAAUGGUACCUAGAAAGGGACACAGAUGGUGCCAUUGGCUCCCUUGACGUCAUUGACUAUCCAGAUUCCAUAACACAACUAGUGAUGAAGGUUUGGCUUCUUUGGUGCAAUUGGGGUGCCCCAGCUAUUAACAUCUCUUCUUGGGCUGCAUCCCAACUUGGCUAUGGCACUGAAUCCCCGGCAAAGAAGGUGCACCCAGGCCGGCACUGGGCAUGCUGUCCCUCUGAAACUGACAGGGGUGACCAUGAAAGGAGCCUCUUGGUCAGCCGAAUCACUUCACUGGGUCCACACACAAAAAGGAGAGGGAAAUGAGUGUCCUACAAAAGGACCUGGCACACUGGCCAAAUUUUCCAUCCAGUCAGCCAUUGAAUUAGGUCUUCACUAAGGUUCUUUGACUCCAGAACUAGGAAGAACUUUGGAGAAUAUCUAGUCCUCCCUCUCCUCUUACAAGGGAGAAAACUAGCUGGGAGAGGGGAAGGGCUUGCUCAUAGUCACACAAGUUGUAAGCAAGCUGGGAUUGGAGGCUGGGCUUGCCUGGUCUUACUAUUCCAAUAGGUGUUCUCCAGCUCUGAGAACCUCGGCUUCUUUUUGCAUCAUCAUUUCCAAACCUGGCCCAUUCUUGGCCGUUGGGGUUCAAAUUGUUAAAGCAACGAAUCCAUAAGGAUUUGGCCCUUAUAAAUUGGGCAAUACCAAGACAAAGAUUUCCCACUUCGAGAUUCUGAAGAAGUUAGAUUGUGUAGGAAACCCUGGAAGCUAAAUGGAAUUGGGUCUUAGAACCGAUUGAAUUUCUUUAGCAGUUGAGUUGCUCAUGGUAGGAAUUAGCCCCAAAUGAUUCUUUUGUGUUCUCCCCAUCUCUUUCCAGUUCGGAGCUGGGAAAAUGGCUCCCAAGUCAAUAACGGAGUCCAAGGUGAGGUUACUUGCAAUAACUGAGAGAGGAUUAAAGGACAAUGAGCUUAUCCAUCUUCUUGAGCUGGAAAUAUCACUCACGGGGGGAAAAGAACAAGAAAGCCAGUGUGGAUUCUUCUCUGUCCCCUCCACUGACCAGGAGUAGGCUGGGUAGGUGGGACCCUGCUCUUCUGUCUCUCUCUCGUAUAGACAGACCCCGGAUGGGCUCAGUCAUGGGCUGUUUCUAAGAAACGGUGUCUGGGAAAACCAAAUACUACCCAAUAGGAAUAAUAAUAAUAAUAAUAAUAACAACAAAUAAUAACCACCACGUGUUUUACACUGAGCGUGAUUAACGCUGCUUUUGUCUUUCUAUACUGUAGUUUUUAUAAAGAUGUCUUUUGGUUUUACUAAAUGCGUGUGAUGUCAAUUACUCCCUAUUAAAAUUGGCUUUAAUGUUUCAA